ACGACACAGCCACAGCAGGACGAGGGCAGAAGGGAGGGAACUGGGAGGGCCAGCCCAGAAGCCCAGGGCACCGGAGCUGGGGAGCUGGACCCAGAGCUCCCACAGCCACCCCUUCCCUGGGCCGGGUCAUGCGCUGCCCCAAGUGCCUUCUCUGCCUGUCAGCCCUGCUCACGCUCCUGGGACUCAAAGUGUACAUUGAGUGGGCGUCGGAGUCUCAGCUGAGCAAGGCCUACCGAGGACCCCAGGGCACCCUGCCAGGCCCCACGGCAGCCGGCCUCGAGCCCACCCUUCCGGCUAACCUCUCCGCCCGUCUGGGCCAGACUGGCCCACUGCCCUCAGCUUACUGGAACCAGCAGCAGUGGCGGCUGGGGGCCCUGCCCAGUGGGAACAGCACCGAGGCGGGGGGCUGCCGGGCGUGGGGAGCCGCUGCCGCCGCUGAGAUCCCUGACUUCACCUCCUACCCUGAGGACCUCCGCCGCUUCUUGCUAUCAGCGGCCUGCCGGAGCUUCCCACAGUGGCUGCCUGAAGGGGGCAGUGGCCAAGUGGCCAGCUGCAGGGAAACCGCCGUCCCCUACCUGCUGCUGGCUGUCAAAUCGGAACCAGGGCGCUUUGCAGAACGACAGGCCGUGAGAGAGACCUGGGGUGGUCCAGCUCUAGGGAUCCGGCUGCUCUUCCUGUUGGGGUCCCCAGCAGGUGAGGGGGGCCCUGAUCUAGGCCCCCUGGUGGCCUGGGAGAGCCACCGCUACAGCGACCUGCUGCUCUGGGACUUCCUUGACUUCCCCUUCAACCAGACGCUCAAGGACCUGCUGCUGCUGUCCUGGCUCAGCCACCACUGCCCUGGGGUGAGUUUUAUCCUGCAAGCUCAAGAUGACGCUUUCGUGCACACACCUGCCCUGCUGGACUACCUGCGGGCCCUGCCACCCAGCUGGGCCCCAGGCCUCUACCUGGGCGAGGUCUUUACCCAGGCCAAGCCCCUCCGGAAGCCCGGAGGACCCUUCUACGUUCCCGGGUCCUUCUUCGAAGGUGACUACCCGGCCUAUGCCAGUGGGGGCGGCUAUGUCAUCGCUGGUCGCCUGGCACCCUGGCUGCUGCAGGCGGCAGCCCGUGUGGCACCGUUCCCCUUCAAUGACGUCUACAUCGGCCUGUGCUUCCGUGCCCUGGGCCUGGUGCCCAGGGCCCACAAAGGCUUCCUCACAGCCUGGCCAGCAGACCGCACGGCUGAGCCCUGUGCCCUCCAGAACCUGCUGCUGGUGCGGCCCCUCAGCCCCCAGGACAGCAUUCGGCUCUGGAAACGCCUGCAAGACCCUCAGCUCCUCUGCUGAGCCCUGGGGAAGACUGGAGGAGUGGGUGGACCUGGCCUAGGCCUGGACGCCUACCCCUUGCUCAGCUUCUCCUUCUAGGCCUUGGUGGGGGCGGGGGGGACGGGGGGGUCCUGGAAUCACAGCUGCCUGAGCUCCUCCUGGGCCGCCCAGCCUAUGGGACUGAGCAGCAGAAGGUGGAAGACUAUUUCUGACUUUUUAUUUUUGAAAAAUAUGUCCUUCCCAUUCUGAGGCCUGUAGCUGUCUUUGUAUCUGUGGGCCCCAGAGUUUACAGUGCAGAGCUCAGCCGCAUCUCAACCUUUACACUCAAUACCUCCUCGCCCUUACUGGACAGAGCCAGUUCCAGCAGUCUCCUGGCUACCUUGCUAGACACCAGGUUUGCCUCAUCCUAUGGGAAAGGAGUCCACCUCUGGAGCACCCCCACCCCCGCCUGUCUGCUGAAGCUAGCCCUUCAGUUUGCGAAAGUUUCCGGG